AUGAUAGAACGAAUGUCACUGUCACAUGUCAACUAUUCUUACUUUUUAUCUCAACUUCCACUUGAUGAGACUGAAGACCUGGACUUGGAGGACAUAGAAGCCAGGUUGUAUAGUCAAGUAUAUCACGGUAGUGCAGAAUCUGAAGAGACGGCAGAUAAUACAAUAUUCGACGAAUCGUCGACUAAUUGUAAAAAAAAAUAUCGCUACUUUGACCAAAAAUUAAACAAAUCGGACCCAGUUUUAACACAAGUUGUGACUCUUAAUGAGCAACAAAGAGAAAAUACAGAUAACGUAAAAGAGAGUUCAUAUAAUUUUGUUCAAGAAAAUACUUACAAUAUCAACAAUCCUUUGUCUAUGGAAACUAUUUCUUCUCCAUCAAACACAGCUACAAUUUCUACUACUGGCAGUCAAGACCUAACCUAUAAUAUUACUGUUAAUCAGUAUUCACUUCCCUUAAUAAAUCCUAAUGAUCUGUCUCCUGCUGAUCAAAAUAACAUAAAUAGUUUGCUAACCUUUUUACCUACAGCUUUGGACAACCCAAAAGUUGGUCAAAGGAAAAAAAGAAGUAGAAAAAAAAAGAAUACCAAUAUUAAAAGGGUUCUGAAAGAUUUAACUAAGAGUACAAGAACACUACGAAGCACUGUAACUGUAUAUGUAUCAGAUUCUGAUUCAGAUGAUUGUGUAGUACUAGACAAUAUGAACAAUAGCCAACAAGAGAUAAACACGAAAUUUCCAAGAAAGUACAAUGAAUCAGAAGGUGGUACACUUCCAGAACCAGAUGAUGACAUCAUCUUUGUUCCACCCCCUCCAGUUGAAAUUAUCAAUGUUGAAAUUGAUGAAAAUGAGAAAUCCGACCUUAAGGAAUGUGUUCUAGAAAAAAAGUCUUUGGACGGGCCUAAUUAUAAUCCAGAAGAAGGAACUGAACUGAUCGAAACUCCUGAAUCAACUUUUUCAAACGAUUUUCUGGAUAAUUCAAAUCUUGACACUAAUAAUGCCAACUUUAAUUUCAGUCUUCAUGGUUCUGAAUUUAGGAGUGGUCCAUCUGAAGUUAUAAAAAGUCGAAAACCUACUGAGUACUGUGAAACAGAAAGUAGUUGUAGUACAAAUGAUCAACAAAGUAGAGUUUUUAGCAAUACUGUCAAAACCAUAGUAUUUGAUGAGGUUGAAUUUCCGAGAGAAGAUAUAUUUUCUGAUAAAAAUUUAGAAAGCUUCAGUUCUUUUAUAACACCUAAGAGAAGCUGUCCUGAUAAACCAAAUAGUCUUGUAUCAAAAUCAACAGUACCUUUAAUAGAAAAUGAUGAAGAUUAUAUUUCUUCAGGUACUAGUAGUUCAGAAAGUGAUUAUGAGAGUAAUGUUAAUAGUAAAUCAAACAACUUACCCAGUUUAUCACCAAUGGUGCCUAAUGAUAAUCUCAAAAAUGCACCCAAAAAAUCGGCUCAAAAUUUUUUAAAGCCCUUUACUAAAAAAGCUGCUAUUGAAGAAAAAGAAGCUUCUAAUAUAAUGAAAAAACCUGGGCUACCAAAAAAUAGCAAAGAAAAGAAGGAUUUGGAAAACCUCAGAAAAAAGAGGUACUUGAACAAUGAUGAAAUGCCAAAUGAAAACUUGGAUGAAGAAAAUACAGAUGUGAUUUAUGAUCAAUUAGGAGAAAACUGUCAAUCAAGUACCCCCAAUUUAAAAUCUAAAAAGAAAAAGAAAAGAGUCAAUUCAUUAUUAAUUUCCCAUGAAAGUGAAAAUAUACCAGAAGUUGAUCAUAUUUCUACUACACAAGAAAGCACUGCCAAUGACAGUAGCAUUAUAUGUAUUUCAGACACUUCUGUUUUGGAUAAAACAAAGAAGAAAAAGAAAAACCGAGACGUCACAUCAGAAAAGGAUCCUACAGCUGAGGCUGAAGUACCCACUGAAACAGGUCUCAAUGAAGAUGAUUCGCUUCAACUUCUUCACUCAGAUGACGUUGAAGAUGGUUGCAAUUCUGAGAAGUCCAAGAAAAAGAAGAAAAAGAGAGGAGAAAAUUCUGAAAUUAUUAUUAAUAAUCAAGAAUCGGCCAUUGCUAGUUUUGUAAAAGAUGUAGAAAUUACAAUGGAUUUAUCCCACAAUUUGGAACCAAAAAAGAAGAAGAAAAAGAAAUUGAAAGAUGGAAUAGAUUAUGAAAAUAAAAAAGGGAAGGAAAGAAAAAAUAGGAGGAAGAGAAAGAAAAUUGAAUUUGAAGAAAACACUUCACAUGUUAUUGAUGGAACAAGUGAAUCACAAGAAGCUUAUGAUACACCACAAAGUAACAGUGAUUCAGACAAUGUGCAAAUUAAUGCAAAGAAAAGCCCUUCCAAUUCAGUUAUACUAAUAGAAAAUGAAACCAACAGCCCAAAUGACUGUAUAGUUGUUGACUCUGAUGAUUCAUCUGAUGUUGAACUUGUUUUGUCUACUGAUACUGAACUAGAUUUCGAGGUAUUAGAUGAUAUUGAUGAUGAUUUGUCAUUAAAUUGCUCUACCAGCAAACAUCAUAUGGAACAAGUUAAUGUUAGCAAUGAAGAAGUGGACAGGGUGAUUAAACAUGCCCGUGUGUCUUUGGAAGACGGUGAUCAAUUUGAUGUUGAAACCAUUCAAAAUCAACAGUCAAACGAUCCUGAUAAAUGGAAAAUAUCAUAUAGAGAUAGAGGGUUAUUGUUUAAUUCAAAAUCAAACAGGGGUCCAAGGUGUAACAGGUGUAGACAUUUUGGACAUAUUGGCAUAAGGUGCCCUGAGAAACCGCAUCCACAACCAUGUACCCUUUGUGGAAGACCUGAUCAUCAGGAACCUAGGUGUCCCAAUCAAAGAUGCUUACAAUGUGGCAAUCCAGGAGUGUAUUCAACUACAUACUGCAUUCAAUGUUUUAAAUUUAGAAACUCAUUAUGCAUGUUAUGCCGAAUGCCAGGACAUAUUCAAAAAUUUUGCCCAGAUCUAUGGAGAAGAUAUCACCUGACGAAUGAUGGACCAAUAGUUGCUUCCACAGCACAACCAAUAUCAAGAAAUGAACAGUGGUGUUCAGGUUGUGCAAAACGGGGACACUUAGAACAUGAAUGCGAUUAUUAUAAUAGGCAGUUUCCUCCGACAACACCUUUCAUAAUGAACUACAAUGAUGUUUUAAAUCUUCGCAAAACUCCUGAGAAAAGUAAUGUUUUCCAGCCAAUGGUUAAUUCACCACCAAUUGCGAAUCAACAGAUUGUUAAUCCGCCAACGGUCAAUAUGGCCCCAAUGGGUAAUGCGGCAGUGUCAAAUCCACCAUUGGUUAAUCCUCCAUUGGUUAAUCCACCAUUGGUUAAUCUUCCUAUGGUUACGCCACAAAUGGUAAAUACUGUGCUGAAUUUCGUACCUCCCCAAGGCUCAAAUGUGCCUAAUUUACAGACAGAGUUAGGCAGAAAAGUUAUACCACAUUCUUCAACACAUAAUAUGACAAUUCAAGUUAGUAACACUCCUACACCAAACGAUAUUGUACUACAAAUGAUGUUGAACUUUAAUAAUCCAAUCAAUAAUUCCAAUGACCAGCCAAAUAUUCAUAGCAAUGAAGUCUUUCAAAAUAAUCAAACCAAUAAUCAAAAUAUCACACAAAAUCAAUUCAAUAAUCAACCAAAUCAAUUCAGGCAACCCGCAAGUCAAAGGCAUAAUAUUGAUUUAAAUGAUGAAGAGCAGAUAAAAAACUACAUAAUGAAUAUGCCCAAUAAAGACAUAUAUGAUUUUAUUCGAGACGAGAUGGACUAUAUGAAAAAUAGUAACAUAGAUCCUCGAGUUUUAAAAAGAAAACUCAUCAAAUACGAUAGGAUUGAUCUAAGCCAAAAAACCCUGCCGCCUAAUCUAGUUAGAGAAAGGAAUUUUUGGUGGAAAAUUUUGAACAUGGUUAUAUUGGGAGUCAAUAAACAUAAAGACGGCCGUUUGCAUUUGAUUCAUUUAAAUAGAUACUUAGAUAGAGGAAAGAAACUUAAGCUGGAUUUUCACAAACGGCGAUCAUUACUGAGUUCUUAUUUGUAUAUUUUUGGAAACCAAAAGCGCCCGAACGUGGAUUAUUAUAAAAUAAUAAGGACAAUUACUAGACAAUAUUCUUGUAAUUCAAAUUAGUUAAAUGAGUGCCUAUUUUAUUCAUUUUUGAUACAUGAGAUAAUUAAAAGUUGUUUUCUAUA